AUGGCCUUCGAGGGAGUCAAACGGUUUGGACAGAGAGUUUCAAAGCUCUCGCGUUGCCACAAUGCGUUGGGUGACAAGAAAAGAUCGAGGAAAAAGGGCGAGGUCUCUGAGUCGAACAAGAAUGUCAUGGGACUUAUUGAGCAAGCGGGCUCUGAUUAUGCGAAGGGCGAGACAGAUUUGGCCAUCUACAGACUCACACGAGUGUUAUCGAGUAUGGAGCGUGAAUGCUCAUCGCUAGAAGAAACUCAGGCGGCAACCCAUAUCGUGUCACCCCCUGUGAAAUUCGAUGGAGCCGGCAAAAACCAUGCGUUUAUUGCUCCAAGACCGGAUCCCACUACAAAGAGAUCUAGCCGUAAGCUUUUACAUCAAGAUGAAAUUGCCUAUUGCAAUGCUUUGCAAUGUUCCCCUCCGCUGUGUAUUGGGGUACCAACCAUUCACGAACCAGCUCAAUCACACGGGACCGUCAUUGAAGACUACGAGAUCAACAUUCCAAAGGCUAUUGCGCCAAAUUCGGCGGCGCACGACGAUAAAAGCAUUUUUACGCUACGGGACGUGAAAACCGAGGUUUCUGAAUUCUCGGGCCUGAUUGAAAGAUCUUUUAAUCUUUUGACCAUUGGCGACUCCGUCGCUGCCCUGGACGAUGACACGACGCGUUUUGAAGAUCGCGUACUAUUCUUGAACAGUCCAGGCACCGAAACUGUCUGGAGCAAAAGCAUCGCUAACGAAUGUCAAACGCAUACCCUCGAGACUGCAACGAAUCGUUAG